CCUAGUGCUUUCUGCUACAAGUAAAUACACAUGCAAGGACGGACGUCACUGCACAAUCACACAACACCGAAUCUAAGCGAGUCAGUCGUUCGCACGAAAAGCAUCGGAUUUCUGUAUCGGCCUGUGGGUUAUCAACCUAGUCUUGCGAGCAAAAGGUAUGAGACACGAGAUUUGCAAACUUUAAAAAUGGAGCAAGGUAUUCUGAAAUUGUAUGCCUGUCUACUAGUCUGCCUCGUUGUCUCAGAAUGGGUAAUUGCAAAUGACGAACAGGAUCACUAUAAAGUCUUGGGAGUGGAGAAGACAGCAACUAAAAGACAAAUAAAAAAGGCAUACAAGCAAUUGGCGCUAAAAUACCACCCUGAUAAAGUCCGAGGUGACAAGAGCAAAAAAAAGGCUGCUGAAGAAAAGUUUUUUAAGAUCAAUCAAGCUUAUGAGACACUAUCUGAUCCCAACAAGAAAAAACUUUAUGACAUGCAGAAAAGUGGUAAUCCCAAUCCAUUCACCUCUGGAUAUGGUGGACAACAAUUUAAUGGUCAUGCUGGCCAUGACUUUGGAUUUGAUUCAAUGUUCUUUGAAAAUUUUGGGAGACCACAGAGACCAUUCCAUUUUGCACCUGAAUUCCAACAAGGAGCUGGAAAUUACUUCUCUUUUGACAAUCUAUUUCCUGAGGAUCAUCACCCAUUUUUUGAGGAUCAUUCCUUUGGGGACGGAAGCUCAUUUUUUGGAAGUCACUUUGGUGGUCAUGCUGGACAUCAUCAUGAAAAUCACUAUGCCCAUCAUUCUGGACACCACUCUGAGCAUAGUAGACCAAGGCAACAUCAGAGUCAUUUCUCCCACCAUCACGCUCAACAAAGGUCUUGUCGAACAGUCACUCAAAGAGUGGACAAUGUUGUCACUACUUUUAUGCAAUGCUCCUGAAUAUUUUUAUGUGUUAGGUUGUGUUUUCUACAAAUCAAAUUUUCAGUUUAAAUUUUUGAAACACAAAUCAUAAUAGUAUCAUCAAAUACCCCUUGAACUGUGAUAUAAAAUAAGCAAUUAGAAUUGAUGAAUAUGGUUUGAUAAAGUUUCAAGUGCAUGUGUCUGCUGUAAAAAGAAUUUGUUGCACAAAUCUGCUUGUCCUUUUGUGUUUUACGCAUUUCCUGAAAUUUAACAGUGUUGCUAGAUGAGUGCUUGUUUUAGCAUUACAUUGAUUACCGCUAUAAAAUCCAAUGUGCCUUAAAUGCAGUUUGAAAGAUAAUAAUACCCUUGAAAUUGACACAUUUCAAAAUGUUUCAUAAGUGUUACAGUGGUAUCCAAAAUGCAUUUUACCACUUUUUAUAUUUUUGUUUUUCCUUCUGUGAUAUAGUCUUUUGAUAAUAUUUUCUUGUUGGGUUGAACUAUAGUGCUUUUAGUUGUAUUCUCAUGCUUCAGAUACAGGUUCUGUUAAAUGAAAGUAUGAUUGAAAUAGAGCAAUUCAAAAGACUUAGUUGUCAUAGCAAUGUUUAAACUUCCACGUGCCACAUUGAACAUAUCAAAUUUUCGCCUAACUUGAAAGCAAAUAAAAAUGGAUAGAAUUUAUCUGUGUGAACUCUUGAGAAAAACAUAUGUAUCCAAGAAAUGGGUAUCUAUGACAAUCGCAUCUCAAAUGUACCUUUAACAUCUGAACUGAUGCAAAUGCUGAUUUUAAUUAGUCUAUAAUUUAAUAAUAUUAAGUAUUUUCUCAAGUAUUUUUCUUAAUGUUUAGAAUGUAACAAAACAAUGUGCCCAAUUUAGAAUAAAGUUUAUACCAUUA